CAGGAUACGUCCCCCGCCAGGAUAAUUCGAGUGUCGUAUGCUUGCGAGUUGUGUGUUUUCCAAAUCGUGAUCAAAGAGAGGGAACAAACAGACAGCCGAGACCGAUAACCGGAACGGUAGAGGAUCGCUCGAACGAAACCGGCUCCUGCUGCGAUAAGGUCGUCGCACAGCACCACCGAGCAGCUGCCGAGGCGGUUGGCGACCAGAGCUUGCCAGCCCCACGAAUAUCCUUAUCAGUAACUAAAGGCGCGUACACGUAAACGGUCAUCGUCGUCGCGAGUUCUUGUCGUCGUCAUCAUCGUCGGACAUUCCGGAUUGUAUCCAUCUCCCGAGAAGCGAUGUAAACGACUCGAAAAGAAGUUAUCUAUUCUCGAUAGUGGGAGAUACGCUAGUUGGUGGUGAUUCUUGGUUUGUCUGCUGUUGUGUCGUGAAGUGCAUUAAGAGAAGAACGCCGUGUACAGUUCAUGUUCUUUGGCGAUUGAUCAGCAACCCCCGUGUCCGUCGUGUCCGCCGUGCCCAGACUCAAGUGCAUGCAGUUCCGAUUCAAAACGGCCAGAUGUUUCAUUUAAAACUCCUUUUCCGGAAUGCUACAGGAUUCAAGCAUGCUCCUCUGUUGGUCGGAACCGUACGGCAGUUUGGGAGCCAUUCCAAGGAGAAACUGCAACGCGUGCUGAUCGUGUCGAAGCUCACGAGGCUAGAGUUUGAAAAGAUCCGCGAACAGCAGCUCAGCGAUGAAUGUUUGGAGCGUAAAAUUCGCGAUCGUGGCACAGAUUACGAUGCGCUCAUGUACUACCAUCACCUGCAUAAGGACGUCGAGGAGAAGGUGGUACGAUCGUUCAAGGAGCAAGGCAUCGAGGUGCAAGUCGUGAACAGGAUCACGAUCGGCAAGGAUGCGCUCCAGUGGGCCGAUCUAAUUGUUCCGAUCGGUGGCGAUGGCACGUUCCUGCUUGCGGCCGGUCGGGCUAGUCCGUUCUUUCUCGCCAACGGUAAACGGACACCUGUGGUAGGCUUUAAUUCUGAUCCACGAAGAUCCGAAGGACGUCUUAUGCUACCGAAGCAGUUCUCGACUCAGGUGGAUGAAGCCGUACGAAGGAUUAUCACGAACGAGUUCCGUUGGAUGCAUAGAUCGAGAAUUCGUACCACGCUCAUUGGGGCAGCUGCCACGGCACGCCCUUCACCGAUGGAUCUGCACGAGUAUCACUCACAACCCAUCGAACACAAGGAGGUGAUGUCUCCGGUUAGGAAUGGCCAGAGUCGGAUUCUGCCAUACCUUGCCUUGAAUGAGGUAUUCAUCGGUGAGAUGCUGUCUGCUCGGGUUUCGCAUUUACAUCUACGCAUAGACAGCUCUGAAACGGUGACAAAAACGAAAAGUUCAGGCCUGUGUGUGAGCACCGGUACCGGUUCAACGUCGUGGCUAACGAGCAUGAAUCGAUUGUCCACGAACAACGUGCAGGAUUUACUGGAUAUUGUACGUAAGCGAACUGGAGCCGGUGUGCUGGAUACGAUCGAUGCAAGCUCCGUUUCCGAGGAGUAUAACGAUAAUCUGGUCUUUCCACCGCACGAUCCGCGACUUUGUUAUUCGAUCCGGGAGCAGAUCUGUGUCGGUGUAUGGCCCAAUCCCAAGGGCCUUGAAUCGAGAGGCUUUGCUAAGCAGAUCUACGUCAAAUCACGUUGCAUCGAUGCAAGUUUGGUGAUAGAUGGCAGUAUUGCGUAUAACUUCAAUGAUGGUGCCCGUGCCUUGCUGGAGGUCUAUCCGGAAGAUUCUCUUCUGACCAUCGAUAUGGAUGACUGAGGGCUGUCGCUUGUAUGACAAGCAUCCUAUCUGCUUUUCUCCUAACACAAAAUAUUCCACCAAUCUUCUACACGGACAAUCGUCGUACUUACGUGAUUUUGAGUUUGAUGUUUCGAUGUUUCCCUCGCCUCACCUCAUGCACCGCACUUUCCAUUCUGGAAGAUCCGAUUAAAAGAAGGAUGAACGAACGCAUCUUUCCAGGUGGCGUCUCGUAAUGUAAUUUAUUGUGGUGUGGUAUGCACUGCCCGGUUCAGUAAGGUAAUGCCUACCGACAGCAUCGGUGCAUUUAUUUAUCAAUUCGCACUCCCUGCGGUGUUUCCCGUUACUGUUACUUUUGUAAGUAGAAUGUUUAAUAAAUUUUAUA